AUGUCGGGACUAUGGGGUAACAUCACAUCUAGCGUAGUAUCACGCUUAGCCACACCCCAAGCCCCAGGCAAGCUGCAAGAACACCUCGACCCCCACAAGACCCUCUGCGACGUCCUUCAUGACCUCCCUGUACGCUCCGGCUACUCGUUCAACCACGCAGCACACGGCACCCUCCUCCGGUACCUCUUCAACACAGUCUACUGCCGUGCCGAGUGGAUCCCUUUUCUCUUACCCGAUGACGAGCCGGUCCCUCUCCCUCGGGACGCCGAGAGCUGGGCAUGGCGCGAAGGCGGGGAAGACCGGGUCUACUCGCUCAGCCAGACUCAGCGGGAUGUCAAUGCGCAGCGGCUAGAAGGGGGCAAGUCGCCCACUCGGCCAAUACUCCGUGGGAAGGUAUGCGGAAAGAUGAUCAAGCGGUCAGAUCGGACAUACACCUGCAGGACGUGCGCACUAGACUCGAGCUGCGUCCUCUGCGUAGACUGCUUCCGCGCGAGCGACCACGAAGGCCAUGAGGUCCUCUUCAACCAAUCCUACUCCUUCUCCUCCACCUGCGACUGCGGGGACCAGACCGCCUGGAAACCCGAGGGCGUACUAGGUUGCGCCCACCACCCCCGGAAUCCUCCAGACCAACCCCCUGCCGAGCACACCCGCGACUUUCUCACCGACUAUCCCAAUAUUCCCCCAGCCCUCAUUCAAUCCAUAUACCAAACCCUCGCAAUCGUGCUCGACUACAUCAUCAUGGCGAUGCAGUUCGCGCCCCUCUCGGCGGACUUUGGGCGCUUACCGGCGGACGAAGUGGCGAUGCGCAAGCCGGAGCCGACGACGGGGGUGGCGAGGUUGUCGAGGGGGAACGGACCGUGGUCGGUGGUGAUAUGGGGAGAUGAUCGGCAUACAAUCAAGGAGGUCACAAGGCAAAUUAGGGAUGCGUGCGGGAUUCCAUGGGAGCAGGCCGAGGAAUGGGCUAGAGAAGUGGACGAAUUGGGCCGCAAAGUCAUCAUCACCACGCCAGACGCCAAGCUGGCCUUUCACGUCGCGUCCAUGUUUCAGCAAAUAGACAUUUCCGUUUGUCUCCGUCCAGCGUACGAUACGUUCCGGGAAGAAGUGGCCGGCGCGCUCCUCAGCUGGGUCCUGGACAUCUCGCACAGCGCCGUCGGACUCGACCAGGAUCUGGUCGGCCGGCUACUCUGGCGCGCGCUCAACGAGUCCCGCCGGGAAGACACCGUCCACGGGGGCACCGGCGUCCCUGCGGACCUGUACGAUCUCGCGCAAAACAAGGCGCGCCGGAUCGACUGGCUUCUCAUGGAAGACCCGCGGUUCUGGCGGAAAGCCAAGUUCGAUCUCCGGUCCAUCUACUCUCGGCUCUACUGCGUCGACUGGGAGAUGAGGCGGGACCUCGCGGUGCGACUCACCCACAACUACGUCCGUCUAUUCGAGCAUUUUAUCACGCAGGACCGGGAGCUUGAUUCGGGAUUGCUCUUUGGCAUCUCGUACAUGAUCUUUGGGAACGGUCCUGCGUGCGCUUACGCCUGUCGCAAGGCCCGGCUGUUCGAUAUCGUCCUGGACGUCGCCCAGUCGUGGUUCACCGGCCAGGCACGCGCGGGGCAGCUCGUGAUACCUCCAGAAGAUGUCGACCGGAGCGACCCCCUCACUAUCCGGAUCGUCCCGGAGCAAUUCCCCGCCUUUCGGGGAAAGAAGGGAGGGACGAUCUUUGGCCAUAUCCGGUCCCUCCUCCGGCACAACGAAACCCAAAUCCUCAUCGGGUCCAAUCCGGUCAUGUUUAACCGGGCGUGUCAGCUCCUCGAGGUGUUUUGCGGGAUGCAGUCCCAGCGGAAAGAGCGGAACGAGCACGUCGAGUUUGAGGUCGACUGGCCUCGGACAUUCACGUUCCUCGGGGAUCUGGCCAAGGCGUCGAAAGAGCUCGGCGAGAGUUUGCGGUAUAGCGACAAGCCCCACGCUUUGCUUUCCAACAUCAGCAAUGUCGGGCUCAGGGUAUGGAACGAUAUCCAGCUCAAUAGCAAUAUCCUCGAUCCGGCCAAAUACUCCAAGCCACGAGGACACAUCGUCCACAACCUCUUUGUCCCCGGAUCAAAAACCACUUUGAUCGAAAACGACAUGAUGGUCAUUGAUGCGUUUUCGUUCCAUCACUACAUGAACCUGCUGCUAGCGGAGGCGUACAAGGCGAUGGGGAUGCUGCAGUGGAGGCGGAUAGAGCAGGAUAUGGGCGAUGGGCUAGAGGUGGUGCCCGUCACCGAAGAGAUUGUCUUGUACGGGACGAGAGGAGACCAGAAAGAGCUGGACAAGUUGUUGUUGAUGGAGUUUCCCCUUCAAAAACACGCCAUUCUCUCGCAUAUCCGGGCAGACCUCUGGCGGAAGAACGGCGCGGGCAUGCGCGGCCAAGCCCACCACUAUCGCGAUAUCCAAAAUCGCGACGCGACGAUCGACCAGGAAUUCUUCUUUCUCCAAGCAUCCCUCUGUACCAUCCGCCCCCUCACCUUCUUUUCCGCCCUCGCGGACCGGUACGGCGUCGCCGAGUUUUUCUCGCUGCACACGGAUCGACCGGAGGUUUGGGAUGACCCCCAGAUUGAGCCGCGUCAAUACGUCCAGAUCCUCGAAGACUUUAUGAUGCUCUGCAUCUCGCUCGUCACGGAUCAGUCGGCCAUCAACGGGUGGACGACCGACCAGUACACGCGCAAGUAUAUUGUGCAGGUGCUGGGGUUGGGUCCGUUGACCUUUUCGGACCUGAUGAAGAAGCUGCCGGAAAAGACGACGGAUGGGUCGGUCUUGCCGUUCCUGGUGGAGAUGGCGGAUUUCAAGGAGCCGACCGACACGGCGGCGGGAUCGUACACGCUCAAAUCAGAGCUCGUCGAGUCGAUCGAUCCCUACUGGCGUCAUUACUCUCGUAAUGAGCAACGUCGGGCGGUCGACCGCAUCCUGGACCAUCGGAAAAAGGACAAGAACGACGACACCCUCAUCCUUCCCCCUCCCAUCACCCACCCCAACCCCGACGGCCCAUGGUACAACAUCCACCACUGGAUGUCGGAGCAGGUCGCGCAUGAAAUCAUCCACUACGCGGUGGCGCACUGCGGACCCAUCGCCAAUCCCGAGGCAUUCCCCGGUCUCGAGUAUGUCCGCACAGACGAGUCUAUGCCGUCUUUCGACCUCCUGCUCGACCUCGCCCUCCAGCUCAUCAUGCUCAUCCUCUCGUACGACGCCAAAACCUUUUCCCUCUGCUCGGUCCAAUCCCACCCCAUCUCGGGCUCGCUCAGCACCUUCCAGAACCUCUGGCUCAUGCAGACCACCGAGGCGUUCAAGCCCUACAAGGCCAAAGCCGACUACAUCAUGUCCAUCAUCGUCCAGAACGUGCCGGAAGCGUACAUGCGCGAGUACCACGAGCAGGAGGCGAUCCGGAAACAGGCGGAAGCGGCGAUUCCCAAGCCGGACGCACGGAUCGCAGCGGCCGAGCGGCAAAAGCAGAUUAUGAAGGACUUUGCCAAGCAGCAGGCGAGCUUUGCCGCGGCGUUGCUGGAUGAGGAGGAUGAUAUGGAGGAGGAUGAAGUCGAGGCGGUCCCGGAAGAGACGUACGGGUCGUGCAUUGUCUGCCAGGAGGACGUGACGCCGUCACAUACCGGCGGGUUGCUGGCCUUGUUUCAGCCUAGCAGAAUCAUGCGGGAGGCGGUACCGGAUAGGGACUGGUUCGAGGAGAGCGUGCUGGCGCCGUCGUCGCUCGACCAGGCCACCCGGUAUCAUCGGUACGGGCUGGAAACGACAGGCGAGCCGUUAUCCACAGACGGGUACCCCGCCGCCAAUCACCGGUUCGGCGUCAUCGUCUCGGCCUGCUCCCAUCUCAUGCACGAGUCGUGCAUGGCCCACUAUUUCGACGCGACGCGGUAUCGCCAUACCCAGCAGGUCCAGCGGCACCACCCCGAAAACGCCGCGCGGUAUGAAUACCUCUGCCCCCUUUGCAAGAGCCUCGGCAACAUGCUCGUUCCCCUCGACUCGACCGUCACGCGUCUCAAAUCCCCCAUCACCGCCCGCGCCGCCAGUCUUUCCGACAAGAUCCGCGAGGUCUCGUCAGAGGGUCUGCUGAAAAUCCGGGAAUCGGCCAAGAUCUGGGACCACCACGUCGAGACGGGCGAGCUCGUCCCGUGGUUCUCGGACUGCUCAUUCCACACCGUCAGCCUCGACCCUACCUUCCGGCGGGAAGUCAAAACCACCGCCAAAAUGAUUGAGCGGUUCCGCUCCCUCGUCCGUCCCCUCUCGGAACAGAGUCAGCGGCUUCGGAAUCGCAAGACGCACAUGUACGUCCCGGAUGAUGUGAUUGCGUAUACGGUCUCGACGACGGAGAUUGCCCUGCGUGGGCUUCCGACGACCGGGCAGAGCGUGGCGGAGCAGGUGCCAGAGACGAGCAUGACCCUGAUCAAAAAGUUGAUUGGGUUGAUGCAGCUCGAGCUGGACUUGUACUUUGGUCCCAGGUGGGAUCGGACCGCUCUCCGGACCGCCGCCAUCGCGCCCGACCUCCUCCAAGCCGUCAUCCACAUGGCCUUCUUUGCCGAGCUCACCCGUACUAUGCUCGGCAUCAACAUGUGGAUCAAGCGCUGCCUGUCCUCCCGCACCAACCCUCAACCCCGCUCCUCCCCACCCGCCGAUCCCGGCCUCGCGGAAGCACUCAACCUCUUCCGCGGCCUCAAACCCAUCAUGCGAAAUCUCCUCCGCAACAACGCCGGCCCAUUCACCGAUACCGAGAACGUUCUCUCGAUGGUAUCGGACGAGACCCUCGCCAAGAUCAUGUACUCGCAUACCCUCCCUUUCCUCCGUCGAUGCGCCAUCAUCUUUUACUCGGUCGCCGGCCAGUAUCCCCGUACCGACCCUGCCAGCUCUGGCUGCGAGUACGCCCGCCUCCUCCACCUCCUCGGGAUCCCCGAACCCGUCCCCGUCCUGUCCAACCCCCAAGCGACUGAAACACCCAUCGUCGCCCGCUGGCUCAACCAAUGGGCGAUGCAGGGCCGCGUUGUCCCCUCGCUCGAAUACCCGGGAACGUACGAGCUCCUCCGUCUCCCGCAUAAAUGGGAAGACAUGAUGAAUCGGUAUUCCGAAACCAAGUGCGAGACGUGCGGGACUCGACCCAACUUUCCCGCCUUGUGUCUGUUUUGCGGGGCGCUCGUCUGCCUCGCGGGCGAUUGCUGUGCCGAGGGAGAACAGGGCGAGUGUAAUAUACACAUGAGAUCAUGCGGAGCGGUCGUUGGACUCUUUGUCGAUAUCAAGCGCUGGCUGGUUGUGUAUCUGUACGCGGGGAGCGGGAGCUUUGGGCAUAUGCCAUACCUCGACUCGCACGGAGAGCUGGACAUUUCAAUGAGCAGACGCGGGCAUCGCCAGUACAUGCAUGUCGGACGGAUGGACGAGCUUCGCCGGACGACAUGGCUGCAGCAUAUGAUCCCGCAUUUGACGGCGAGAAAGCUAGAGUUGACGUCGGAUGGAGGAGGGUGGGGGAGCUUGUAG